AUGAGCUUAGGUAUGGAUAAAGCUAAAGUUAGGUACGAUGGUAAGGCUAUCGUAUACAAAUCUGAUGGUACAGGAAGGGAUACAUAUAUAACCAGAAAUAAUGGUGGAUUAAUGUCUCAAUAAAUGUUAAAAGAUAUGGAAUGCAAAGAAAAAAAGCCUGAUUUUGUCAGAAUAAGGUUAGGAUCAAGCUACGGAAAUAGGAAAUCAUUACCAACAUUAGGUGAUAAAUUUGUUCAUUAUCAUUCUGAUGGUACUGGCCGCGAUAGCUAUAUUGGUUGGAAUAAUGGAGGUAGAACUAACGUGUAUAGUAAGUAAAGUAAUACAGAAAUAAAUUUCAGAACAACACUUCGUACCUACACUAAAACUCCUUCUUAAGCAACUUUCUUUUCAAGCGCAUCAUAUUCUACUCAGCCAACCUUUGAUUUCACUAAUACUAACUUUUAUUUAAAUCCAAAGUAACUUUAAGAAAAAAAUGAUCUUCACAAAAGAUAAAUUGAAUCUGCUAAGAGACUUUCUAGGCCAAAAACUGCGGUAGGUCCUAAUUAAAGGCCUUUAUUUUCAACUGUGAACUCUCGCUAUAGUUAUUAUAAUCCUAUAUAAACUCAAAAGACUGUUUGUUGA